AAACAGCAACCAGACACUUCAUUUAUUAUGGCUAAUAAUUGUGAACACAGUAUGCCUUCUACUUCAGUUGCCCAAUACGAACGACCGUCCAGCCCUGAAAACGUCAGUUGUGUUCAUAUCAGAAACAUGUUUUUUUUGAAAAAUUCAUACAAAAAUGUCCCUGCACCCUCGGAACAGUUUCUUGAAGGAGUACAUUGUUCGAUCAUCAAAUUGUUACAAGAAAUUGAAGAAAACCACAAAUGUUGUGUUAAAAAAAGAUCAACUAAACUAAUGCUAAAACGACGAAAACCUAAAUCAUAA